UGGAACAGUGAUUACAAAUUUCCUUUUCUUUUCCGUUCGAGAUUGUUUAUUUAAUGAGGGAUAGUUAACCUGUCCGUCAAUUAGACUAAGCAUGUUUGUUCUUUAUUAAUAAGAUUAAUAUCUGUUUGUUCUCUUUUUAAACGUAAAUAAUUAUGAUUUGUUUCCCUCCUUUCUGUGGUACAAUGUAAAUAAUGUGUGAAUAUACAGUUGGUUAUCUAUUUGAAGUUCGUAAAUGCAUUAUCUACUCCCAAAACAAAUAGGAAAAGUCGGGACAAACGUUAUUUCGAUUCGAUAUUGUGUGUUAAUAUAGUAAAACAGAAACCGGUUCUCGUAUCUCCCGCUGGAGUGCAACGCUAGGAAGAGAAAGAUAUGAAUCUGGGUCCCUGCAUGGUCUGCUAUGGAACUAACCCAUGUAAAACCAUCAUGUUAACCAAGGACUUCCAUCCACAUUUCGGGAUCCAUAGGCGAAGCAUUUCGGAGUUGAACAAUCAGGUUCUGGAGCGACAAGCGGUUCUGAUCGGUCUGAGCAUUAAAUGGGUGACCAGAAAAGCUUAAGACUGGUAAUUAAUAUUACGGUGAUUACCGAGACCUAUAAGCACCACGACAUGUACAGUCUUAUUCAUCUUGGAAGCCUCUUCUUGUCUCUCUAUGUUUCCGGUACUCGUCACACAGAAGAUGCUCGGAAGAAAUUCCAACUUAUAGUCGCUAUAAACAGUAAACAGUGUUACACAAGCAGAUAGGAAACUCUGUAAACUGUUACAUAACAGAACUUAAGGGUGUCCCAAAAGAAACCAUAACCUGGCACCGGGGGAAAUACUCUCUUAUGUUGAGUAGACUCACGGCGAGAACUCUCCGCGUGAAGGCUCGGCGAGACUUGAAGAGAAAUAGGGGCACUGUUCACACUCACGAAACUCCAACACUCAGUUCAAAACUCUGCACCAAUCCUAAAAAUGCAUAUCUUUGUGACCUUCUUGAUUACACAAAUAAAACACGAAUAUGCAGUAUGAAACCAACACAGUGCAUUGAAAUCAGUGAUUGGGUAACUUGUUCUGGAGGUAUGCCACUUGGAUCCAGUGAUCAGUCUCCAGUGACUGAUUUAGAUGUUGACAUCCUUUUUGAAUGUGAAAUGGAUCCUCAUGAAGAUAGCAGUCCAAAUGUUACAACUUUAGAGUCAAUGGGACAACCUAUUGCUUGGAAGGCUGGAUCUCAUCUGGCCAUAGUCCUAAAAACUAACAUUGAGCAUCUCUCUGUGAUUGGAUUUCAAUUUGUUGGUGGAGAAUUUGUGAUAGAUCAUAACUUGCCAGUUGUUAGGAUACAAACCGUGCAAAUAUGUGGAGACCCUAAUAAAGCUGUAGAUGCAUCAAUGAGAAGCUUAAGAACUGACAUUCAGAACAAUCUUAAGAAUCCCUUAGAGUUUCAGUGGUCGGUCCAUGCAGCAUUACUAAGGAAACUAUCAAAAGUUGUUGACAUAAAGUCUGAAGUUAGAUCCACCACAGCUCAAAUGAAUGGGAGUUAUGAUUCACUGCAAGAAACCACAUCACUCAGUAGAAGAAGUGUCACUUUGGCCGAUGUCAGUGUCAACACUGGCAGGUCACUUUCCGCUGAAGAUGACACUGACGGAGAUAUAGUAGAAAAAAGUUCUGAUAUCAUUCAAAGUGAAGAAAAACCUAUAGAGCAAAUAGAGACUAUACGAGUAGACACAAAAACAGAUGACAAAGAUGUGGUUCUGGAGAAUGUAACUGUUGAGAUUCAACAUAAUAUUACUCCAAAGAAGUCCAGCUUAAAACUAGACCUCAAGAAAGGAACAAGCCAACUAUCCACAUCGUUACUAAACAUAUCAAGUCAAAUCAAAUCAGUGACAACUCAUAAAAGGAUAGUCAGUACUACUGGACCAAGAAAAGUAAUUCCUUUAGAAUCUACUUCAAAAGUUAAAGAUGAACAUAAGCCUAGCUCAUCACAGCAGAGCACUCCAAAGUCUGCAAAAACUUCCCGUCCAUUAGUAAAUACUAAAUCACCAAAUGUAUUGGUUUAUUCUGAUAGUUUAGUUGCUAGAGAUAAUUUAGAAGCGUCAUUGAAAAAAGUUUUGGACUGCGAUAGGUACACGGUGCAGAGCGUGUCCCGGGCGGCGCUGGAGGCGGGCGCGUGGCGGGGGCGCGCGGCGCUGGUGGCGGUGGCGGGGUGCGCGGGGCGGGGCGCGGCGCUGCUGCUGGCGCACCUGCUCGACGGCGGCAGACUGCUCGCGCUCUGCUCAGACCUGCUGCACUCAGUACUUCCCUACUACAAGACUGCCGAGGUACGAGAAAACGAAAUAGUUCAGUUCACAUACGACAAAUGGAAGUCCGUCAAAAUGAAACAUCACAUAUUCUGUUACCAAGCCUCGCCUGCAAAGAAACAGUUCUCCACAGAAAGUGAUAGACAAGCAAGUCAGGAAAAUAAUAUGACUCGGCCUUCUAAAUAUACCGGCCACCCUGGGCACGAGUUGGACAUACAAGUGUUAGCGUCGGAAGAGACUUGGCGCACACCGUCAUUGCUACAGGCCACCGAUUUGACUAAUAGUGGAAUUGCUAUAUUUUCACAGAUUCAUUUAGAAGCGGAUCCAAGCGACUAUUUGGGUGACGAAGCAGCCGAAAGUAACGUAGCUCGUUUGGGGAUAUUGCACAAGAUAUGCGGAGAGAUUCUAGGUUUGCACGUAAGAGAUCCGGCGGAAUUCAAACAAGUCGAAUACACCAGAGGAUUUUUCCUCGGGAACCAUGUUCACAAGUUGUCGCAAGUGGAGCGCUGGUGUCCGGCGGUGGACGGCGGCGCCCGCGUUCAGCAGUUGGGGGAUCUCGAGGUGCAGUGGUGCUUGAGAGGGGAAGCGCCCAGGGAACCCCCCUCGGAAAAUUUCUUGCCAGUCCACGUCUACGAAUGUCCCGAAAACUUCUCCACCGUCGAGUACUUUGACAAUCUGAGUAGCCGGUGCGUGGGUCGGCUGGUGGUGUACGCGGAGGUGAUGUCGUCCACGAUGCGCGUGACGUCACAGCCGCUCGCGCACGGCGCGGGGGCGGUGGCGGGGAGGCAGGCCGCCGCGCGGGGCAGGGGGGGGAACACCUGGCUGUCACCGCUCGGACAGGCCUCCAUAUCCGUGCAGAUAUGGCACAAGAUGUCUCCGUCGACGCCGCUGGUACAGCACGCGGCCGCCCUCGCAGCGGUACAAGCCAUACGAUGCCAACCGAACUACGAAAACUUAGACAUUAGGAUAAAAUGGCCUAAUGACAUCUACUACGGCCGGGAUGUCAAAAUAGGCGGCACCAUCACCACAGCGAACUGCAUGGGCGAUGACGUCAUCCUCAACAUAGGGACCGGUGUGAACAUAUCAAACAAGGUGCCGACGACGUGCGUUAACGACAUCAUCGAGGAGUACAACGAGGCGCACGGCGCGGCCCUGGCCCCCAUGUCCAUAGAGAAGUUCCUAGCGCGCUACUGCACCCAGUUGGAGCGGACCUUGGACCAGCUGGCGGCCGAUGCGGGCAUCGAGGCCUUCUUGCGGCUGUACUACGAGUACUGGCUUCACACCGGGGAAGAGAUCCGCGUGCAUACCGACGACGGCUCAAGCCCUGUCGUGGGCACCGUCAUUGGUGUGGACGAGGCGGGUUGGCUGCUGGUCAACACCGCGGCCGGCGAGACCAAGCUCGCCCCCGACGGGAACACGUUUGACAUGAUGAGCGGCCUGAUAGCUCCUAGACUGUAACUGCAACAGUGCUGCCAUCUAGGCACCGCGAUAAACACUAUAAAUUAGGACUGGAGUUUUAGUGCGGAAACUACUAUUCGAAAUACGAAUAGAAAGACAUAAUGCGUAAUUUAGUGUUGUGCAAUUUUGGGGUCAGUCGACGAAUUGUAUUUAUUUAAUAUUCAUUGAUAUUAAUAAUUAUAUAAUUCAAUGAUAAUUGCAUUUAUAUUUAGAUUGUUUUCUUAUCUAUAGAUGUAACAGUCUUGUUUCUAGUCGGUGAAACUGUUGAUGCUAUGCAGCAUUGAAUCAUUAACUACUACCUUAUUCAUUUACACGCAUUUUCUGUAUGUUUUCGCGUAUAUUAAUAUAUACACGCUUAUGACGUCUAUGAAAAAUUGAUAUUUUGUGUUUAGUUAUCGUAUGCCUUACUGAACAAAUAUAUGGAGAAUUUCAAUCGACUUGAUAAUUCAUUCACAAAAUUUAACUUAAUCAAACAUAAUUUGUUUCCUUAAUCAUGGUCUACUACUAAUCAGGUCUAUACUUCGAAAUUACAUUAAAACUUGACGAAAAUUAUCCACAUAAGUCUCAACAAGUUGUUUGAUGUUCGAUAUUUAUUAGAAAAAAAAAAAUAGAAAGUAUAUUCUUUAGAAUCUAGUUAAAACGUAAAUAAGGCCGCCCACACUCUACGAGUUACUAGAAUACUGCGUUAUUAGCCAUAUUAUGUAAUAAAUAGAUCAACAUAUAAACUUUACAAGUGCUAAUGAUAAAAUCAUAGAAAUAGAUAAAAUCGUAGAACGCAAAGAGUAGAAAAAAAUGUUCCAUAGGGUUAAAUAAUAUUUAUUAAUAAGUAUAAUUCACAAUGAUUCACAUUGAAUAACAGAUCUUUUCGUUUUUAUAUAAUAAUAAUAAUUUCAGGUAACCAUAGAAAUGAUUAAUUUUAAUACUAAAAGAAAAAUUUGGAUUCUACUAUAAUUAAGCAUCAUUGAUAAUGCGAAACAUUAGUAUCCAAAUAAUUACAAAUGGAAGAAAUCUUUAAAAUGCAUUUUAGUUCCUAUUUAUAUAUUAUGUGCUUGUGUUAACAUUUGAGAAGCACAGUUGUUGUUAAUGUGAAUAGAAACUGCCUUUAUCACUGAACUGAACAAAAGCCGCAUCACUGCCGGGAACUAUCCGAGACAUUACACGUGCGUCUGAAUUAUUUGACGAAUACGUAUAGUUGUUUAGUGAAUAGUCAAUUAAAUUGCGUUCAACGAACGACGAUUUGCACAAUUUUUGAUUUUGUCUCUGUCUAAUCAUUAUGUAAAGGCAACGCAAUUUGGAAGGGUAAUGGUGAAUUUGAGAACAAAAAUUAUAAAUGGUCUAUAUAUAAUUCUUUUAAAGCAUUUUCGUGCAUUUAAAUAUGUAUAAUGUAUGACAUAAAAUUUGUUGGCAGUUAGCUUAGUUCUGCAUUUGGUAUUGUUGAGGUCUAUGAGCGACUGUAAUCACUCAUCUUCAGAUGGGCCGUAUACUCGUCUGCUUACAAGGACAAUACAAAAAAAAAACAAGAAAUCAAUAAUAAUUAAUACCAAACCAGUGGAUCUCUAAGUUACGAACGAUUCAUAUAAAGAAGGCGCGAAAUAUUUUUUACAGUUUCGAAAACCAAUCCAUUAAUGAUUAAUUGCUUAUACUACAAUGAAACAAUAAUUUCAUAUCACACAAUAUUGAUAAUUUAUUAUAAUUAAUGGUAAUUGCCUAAUAUCAAGGGACGUUUGUGUUGAUAGUGAUGAUGUUUAUGUGUUUAUCUAAAAUAUUGAAUUAGGUCAAGUUUUAUCUGAAAUUUGACCGAAGGUUAAAUUGUGAUUACAUAUAAUAUUUUCUUGUAUCAAAAUGUGCCUAAACAUCCGGAUUUUGUCAUUGUUUAAUAUAAAUUUAGGAUGCUUUUGCAUUUUAUAAUGUAUCUGUAUUAUUAUUAUCUAAAUUUUAAUAGUAUCAAAUAAUAUCUUGUAGAUGAAAUUUUAAUAAUACUAUACAUAAGAAUUGUUAUAAAAAAAAUAAUUGAUUAUUGAUUAUUAAAAAUGGAAUAUUUUGUACACCCUGUGUUGUGUGGUGUAUCAAAACCGUUUUAGUCCGUGAAGCUAGUCUAUGGACUUUUGUUCAAGAAAAAAAAAUCUGUUUUAGCUGACAAGUUUGUAAUGUACAGGUUGGACCGAUCCUACAAUUUUGUGUCUUGUAGUGUUGGAAGUAUUGUAAGGGGUCGGUAGGUACCUCCUGCUGCCCAGUACUUGUGUAUUAUUGACUUGACUGAGACCUGAUAUAAGGUCUCGAAGGGGGUGGCUGCAAUCACGCUGUGGUAAGAAUAAAUCCCCGUAAACACUUAAUAUCAGGUGGAUAGCGAGUUGGACCACCCGUUUACGCAAUAAAAUGGAAAAUAAUCAAAUAAAAUAAUAAAAAGACAUUCCGUUAACUAGAGUAGCAAAAUCGUAUCUGUAUAAAAUAUAAUCGAUCCUUAAAAUUACGCUACGUUAAUUUUUAUUACCAAAUAAAUUUAUAUAUAUUUCAAUAUUUUUAUCUUUAAAAACAAUAAAAAUUUCAGUUUUCAUACUGAGAAAACUUACAAAACUGUUAUUAUUAUAGCAUAAACUUUUAACUUCAAUUUUGAAAUUCUUAAAAAGUAUAAAACUAUGAUACGAUAAUUGUUAUUAUUAUUUGAAUUUUAGAAGAUCUUGUUCUAGUCAUUUCGCUGUUGUCACGUGGUUAAUAUGAUUAGUCGUUGUAUAUUUAGAUUUAAGCUGUUGUACUUCUUGUUACAUUUUCUGGUUGUAUUCUCACGAAAUAAAAGAAUCUUUAAACAAA